GUUGACUUGGAACCAACGGUCGUGGAUGAAGUGCGGACAGGAACCUAUCGCCAGCUCUUCCACCCUGAGCAGCUCAUUUCAGGAAAGGAAGAUGCGGCAAACAAUUUCGCACGCGGGCACUACACCAUCGGAAAAGAGAUCGUUGACCUGGUCCUUGAUCGCAUCCGCAAGCUCGCAGACAACUGCACUGGACUGCAGGGCUUCUGCGUUUACAAUGCCUGUGGAGGAGGAACUGGAUCCGGUCUCGGCUGCCUGAUGUUGGAGCGUCUCUCCGUGGACUACGGAAAGAAAAGCAAGAUCUCCUUCACGGUCUGGUGCUGCCCUCAGGUUGCCACUGCUGUGGUUGAGCCGUACAAUACCGUCUUGUGCGUGCACUCCCUGCUCGAGCACACAGAUGUGACAAUCAUGUACGACAAUGAGGCGCUCUACGACAUCUGUCGCAGGAACCUCGACAUCGAGCGUCCCACCUACACCAACUUGAACCGUCUCAUCGCUCAGAUCAUCUCCAGCUUGACCGCGUCCCUGCGUUUCGAUGGAGCCUUGAAUGUGGACAUCACGGAGUUCCAGACCAACCUGGUCCCGUAUCCCCGCAUCCACUUCAUGUUGACCUCCUAUGCCCCUGUCAUAUCUGCGGAGAAGGCAUACCAUGAGCAGCUCUCCGUGGCUGAGAUCACCAUGUCCGUGUUCGAGCCGGCGUCCAUGAUGGUCAAGUGCGAUCCUCGUCAUGGUAAGUACAUGGCCUGCUGCAUGAUGUACCGCGGCGAUGUGGUGCCAAAGGAUGUGAACGCCGCCGUGGCCACCAUCAAGACCAAGCGCACGAUCCAGUUUGUUGACUGGUGCCCAACCGGCUUUAAGUGCGGUAUCAAUUACCAGCCUCCGACCGUGGUCCCCGGUGGCGACUUGGCGAAGGUCAUGCGUGCCUGCUGCAUGAUUUCGAACAGCACCGCUAUCGCGGAAGUCUUCUCCCGCAUCGACCACAAGUUCGACUUGAUGUAUUCCAAGCGAGCCUUCGUCCACCACUACGUCGGAGAAGGCAUGGAGGAAGGCGAGUUCUCUGAGGCGCGCGAGGACCUUGCUGCCCUGGAGAAGGAUUACGAAGAGGUUGGCAUCGAAACGGCGGAGGGCGAGGGUGAGGAGGAAGGCUACGGCGACGAGUUCUGA